AUGGUAGCAUCAACAACUUUUAUCUUAUCUCUGUUUUUAUGUUGUACAAUAGCUCAAACCACUCCAAAUGUGACAACCAAGGGACCAGUCACUAAAUCAACGGUGCUGCAAUCAACAGUAAAGUCAACAACAGUGAUACCAUCAACAGCAAAGUCAACAACAGUGCUACCAUCAACAGCAAAGUCAACAACAGUGCUACCAUCAACAGCAAAGUCAACAACAGUGGUACCACCAACAGCUACGUCAACUACAGUGCUACUAUCAACAGCAAAGUCAACAACAGUGCUACCAUCAACAGCAAAGGCAACAACAGUGCUACCACCAACAGCAAAGUCCACAACAUUGCUACCAUCAACAGCAAAGUCAACAACAUUGCUACCAUCAACAUCAAAGUCAACAACAGUGGUACCACCAACAGCAAAGUCAACAACAGUGGUACCACCAACAGCAAAGUCAAUAACAUUGCUACCAUCAACAGCAAAGUCAACAACAGUGGUACCACCAACAGCAAAGUCAACAACAGUGGUACCACCAACAGCAAAGUCAACAACAGUGCUACCAUCAACAGCAAAGUCAACAACAGUGGUACCACCAACAGCAAAAUCAACAACAGUACAACCAUCAACAGCAAAGUCAAUAACAGUGCUACCAUCAACAGCAAAAUCAACAGCAGUACAACCAUCAACAGCAAAGUCAACAACAGUACAACCAUCAACAGCAAAGUCAACAACAGUACAACCAUCAACAGCAAAGUCAAUAACAGUGCUACCAUCAACAGCAAAAUCAACAACAGUACAACCAUCAACAGCAAAGUCAACAACAGUACAACCAUCAACAGCAAAGUCAACAACAGUACAACCAUCAACAGCAAAGUCAACAACAGUGCUACCACCAACAGCAAAGUCAACAACAGUGCUACCAACAACAGCAAAGUCAACAACAGUGCUACCAUCAACAGCAAAGUCAACAACAGUUCUACCAUCAACAGCAAAGUCAACAACAGUGCUACCAUCAACAGCAAAGUCAAUUACAGCACCAGCAACAAGAACACUUUUUAUAGAAUUUAAAUGUGCAGCUAACGGUUUUAUCACAGACAUAUCGGGCGUGGAUAAGGGGGAUGUUGUGCUCCUUAAUGGUUCUAACUAUUGUCACUUAAAUGAAGCAAAUUGUGACUGGAAGAAUAAGACAAAACUUAAUGUACUACAUGUGCAGGGCGAAAGCAGUUCAAAUAUAGCUGGUGGAAAGAAUGCACAUUUUUAUCAACUGGAAUGUAAAACCGCCGGUGCAUUUGUAGCAUCAGCUAACACGAGUAUGCAGAUAGCAAUUCCAGCACCAACAGAUUUUAGCCAAGAAAUCAAGAAACCUACUGAACCAACCAAAACCAUCAAGCUGGUCAUUACAGACAAAAAUGGGACCCCGGCAACAACAGUUCACAUUGGCGAUCCAUUAUUGUUAAAAAUAACUGGACCAGCUGAUUAUACAAUUGAACCUAUUAAUUGUACUGCUUCCUCGUCUUUGGAUAAAGAUUACGUUCUGUGGACAAACGAUUCAUGUUCUUCAAAGGAUACAGCUGUGAUCGAAAAUGACUGGAAACACAACAAAACAAUUCCUAAUAUUGUUUCGAUAUCAAUGUAUGGUUUUCGUUUUGUGAAAUCAAACACAGUGGUGGUAACAUGUUCUGCCUUGUUUUGUCCAAAAGGGGUGCAAUGCUCUCUAAAACCAUGCGUUAAUGUUAAACCCACUGUAAGCAGUAGAAGAAAAAGAAAUGCCGGCGUACAAUCGGAGAAUGGUUACCUAAAGGAAUCUGUGUCAACUUCUUUCACUGUUGUUGACAAUAGAAUGGACACAAGCGGUUGUUCAGGAACAUUUGUGAGUGUUUUUACGUAUGGAACAAUAUUGGCACUGAUGUUAGCGCUCAAAUGAAACAGUGACUAACAAUUCACAAUGGAGAUGAAAAAAAUAAAAUCAAAAUUAGCAUAUUUUGUUUUCAUCUUGUUGUCCAUAUCAUGUAUUUAUUUGUAAUUUAAGUGUUGUUGAAUAAAUUCAUGUGAA